AUGGACGCGCUCCUAACUUCAUUUGAAGAUGCCUGGACCUUGGCCCCCGAAAACAAAAAACCGCUCCUCACUCAAGAACAUCGCAAAAAAAUGGCAGGAACACCGAUCAGACCUUGGACACCUCAGCUAUUCUCCAUCAGUGAAGGUUCAUCCCCAGUGUCUUCUUCCGACGUACAGUUCGCUAGUGAUGACCCUAGAAACCCAAAAAACAAAAACAUCACCCCAGGCCCCAGUGCCCCUUCAACCCUCAGUGCGCAUCUUCCACCAGCCACACCCACCCCUAGUGCAAGUAUGCCCAAACCAGACACCGUGAAGCCCAGCUCCGGUCCUACACCCCCAGCCGUUCAGUGCACUACACCACCGUGCAAAAACUCCAACACCCCUAGUGCGCUUAUACCAAAAUCACAAGUUGUCAAAACUUUCUCCACCUCUACACCCCCGGCAGUUCAAACUCCGGCAGCCCACUGCGCUAAGCCACCAUCCGCAAAACCCACCACCCCCAGUGUGGUUGUGCCCAAAUCACCAGCCGUGAAAACUAACUCCGACUCUACAACCCGGGCAGUUCAGUGCGCAAGAAAAUCUAACACCCCUAGUGCGGUUAUGCCUAAAUCGCCCACCGUGAAAAUUAACUCCAACUCUACAAUCCCACCAGUCCAGUGCGCCAAAAAAUCCAACACACCUCGUGCGGUUAUGCCUAAAUCACAAGCCGUAAAAAGUACUUCCAACUCCACCACUCCGGCAGCUCAGUGCGCCAAGUCACCAUGCGCAAAAUCCACCCCCAGUUCCAAACAGUCGAGCGCCCUUCAACCGAAACCCUGGAAGUCGCAAGCCUGA